GGCUUCGCUGCCAAAUGUUCUCAGCGAGAGACACUGCCUGCCUACUUUAGGCUGUUCUCUGUAUGCACAGGCAUUGCGUGGCUUUUUAAACUGUUUUACCUGACUUUAUCACACUGACAUACACAGACCUUUUUGAAGAUACGAAUUCUGAAGAUAGAGGCGUUUGAAAACAGAUCAAGGAUGGAUAGCAGUCCUGGGAGUGUGAUACUCUAUGCUGGUUCCAGUGGCGGUUCCAGUGGCAGUUCCAGUCCAAGUCCAGGAAGCCCCUCUAGUGGUUAUCAAACCCAGUCUCCAUCCUCUCACUCCCAGCCUUCUUCCCCAGAGGAGGUGACCUUCACUGAGAUCGGGGCCUUCAAGCAGCAGGGAAAUGCCGGAUCACCAAAUUCUCCAAAAUUGGUCUUUCAGUUCCCUGAAAUCUACAACAACUCCACAGCAGGUCCAAACCCGCACAGCUACUCUCACCCCAUCGCCGGUAAAAGGCCUUGUGGAUUCACUGGCACAUUUACCAAGACGGGAGGCAUGGUGCUCCUUUGUAAAGUAUGUGGAGAUAUUGCAUCAGGGUUCCACUAUGGUGUCCAUGCAUGCGAAGGCUGCAAGGGUUUUUUCCGCCGCAGCAUUCAGCAGAACAUCAACUACAAGAUGUGCGUGAAGAACGAGAACUGCCUGAUAAUGCGCAUGAACCGCAACCGAUGCCAACACUGCCGCUUCAAAAAAUGCCUGUCCGUUGGCAUGUCCCGUGACGCUGUGCGUUUCGGCCGUAUCCCUAAACGUGAGAAGCAGCGUCUUUUGGAUGAGAUGCAGAGCUACAUGAACAGCCUCAAUGAAUCCUCCAUGGGCAUGGAAACCUCCCCGCAACAUGAACCGCCACCCAGCCCGAUUGAGAACCAAUCCAAAGAGGCCAUCGGUGCCUUAUCCCGAGCCUACCAGGACAUCUUCACCAACACACAGGACCACUUGAACAAGCGCACGGGGAACAACAACAUCAGCAGAUCGAGCAGCUUUCAAAACACCCCUUCUCAGGACAGCAACUAUCCUCAUGCCAACUCUCUCACAGGGUAUCACACGACCCCUCACGAAAGCUUCUCGGGCCCGGCUCGCUGUCCAGUUUCCACCAAUGAGAGCAAAUGCCCGGUGUCAUUAGUGCACAACAAUCGGUACAGCUAUGCUCCUUCUUUCAGCCAAAAUCACUCCCUGUCCAGUGUGAACCAGCCCUCACAUCCCACUCAGGCCGAUUACAGCAGCUACACAGCCAGCCAAUCCCAAAGCCAGGCCUCGUGUCCGUUUAAGCUGGCUGCAGGCUCCAAAGUGCUGGCCUGUCCACUGAACGCCUGCCCUGUGUCAGCACCUGGUGUUUCCAGUCAGCAGGUGUGGGAGUCUUUCUCACAGUGCUUCACACCGGCCGUACGUGAAGUGGUGGAGUUCGCCAAGGGCAUUCCAGGCUUCCAGGAGCUCUGCCAACACGAUCAAGUCAUGUUGCUCAAAGCGGGCACUUUCCAGGUGCUUAUGGUAAGGUUUUGCUCACUGUUCAACCACAAGGAAAGAUCGUUGACCUUCCUGAAUGGGCAGACGUACCCACUGGGCACCCUCAGGGGUUUGGGCAUGGGUUCCCUGCUGGACGCCAUGUUUGAGUUCAGUUCCAAGCUGAGCUCUCUGGGCCUGGAGUCAGAUGAGAUGGCUCUCUUUAUGGCUGUGGUGCUGGUUUCUGCAGAUUGCUCUGGCAUUUCGGAUAUGUUGGCUGUGGAACAGCUCCAGGAAGGACUCAUCCGAGCCCUGCGCACUUUAGUCACCCGUCGCCAUCCCGACGACAACUCACUCUUUUCUAAACUUCUCCUACGCCUCCCAGACCUGCGCACCCUCAACAACCUCCACUCCGACAAGCUGCUGGCCUUCCGCAUUGACCCAUAAACUAUCAGUCGCUACAGCCAGAACCCAUCCAAAGGCCACAACAGGCCAAUCAGAGAAAACCCUUCCCACAAAGACUGCUCGUUUACAGGGAGAUGUGGAGCAGGUUCCCAUAGGAACCAGACAUUACGAUGCGUGUUAAUGAGGAACACAAUGAACAGAUGCUCUCAGCACGCUCUAAACGAGACAUUUAAGCUUCCAUGGAUCAUUUUCACACAUGCAUUGCUCUUAUGUUCGCCUCGAGAUAUUUAUCCGAGGAGACGUUUUGCCAGUCAUAUCAUCACAAAUAAGCUUACUGCAACUUUUAAAGACCAAAAAAAAACGGGUCAUUCCUCUGGUACUGCCUGCAAAGCACAGUCUUUAGUCGCGUGCAUCAUGUAUACAAUAGAAAGGUAUUUUAGGGACCAUUAAAAAGCCAAUUGUGUGAGUGUAUGUGCUCGAGAAAGGGACGGAUAUACCAUGUACAUAAGCCAUAGUUAUCACUUAUACAGUCACAUUAAAAUGAUAAAGAAUACAAUCGUCACCUGUGUUGCAGUGUUAACAUUUAAUUCCACAAGAUUGCAUCUACAACAGCUCUAAUGCUCAUUUAAGUUCUUAAAAAAUAGAUGUCAUUUCACUUCAGAGAUUAGAUACAACUCGUCAUAUUUGUUGUUUUGCUUACUUCUACUAUCAUCGUCAUCAAACUGAAUACAGUAUACUUCCUUUACGACUAUAUCUGAAUUUAGGGAUACAAAACCAGCAUUCUCUCCUACUACGCAUGUUAUGUUUUGUCAUUUUUCUUACUGUAAAUAUUGCACAGUUACACUGAUCGAACUGCCUGCUCGGAGAAAAGAGGGAUAUGCAAUGGUGCGUGUUUUGUGAGUGACUGAAAUGGGGCGUUUGGUGCCUUGUAAGCAAUGGACUGAUCAUUUGUGUGUUGUGAGAAAGAGCCCCUGGACUUCUGGCACCAGCACAGUAUCUUUACAGCCUUUACUAAGAUCACAAAGCAUGUCGAUAAGGCAUUUUUGGACUGCCAUGUGGUUGAUUUGAUGAAUCCAUUGAGUUUGCUAAUAUGGUUGGCUAUGAAGUUAUGUUAAUGAAUCAUAUGGUAAUGUAUAUUUUGUAAAUUGUUUUC